CAAAGGAAAAAGGAACAAAGAAAAAAGAAAUCGAAAGUUACAUAAGAUUAGAGAUAGGGUUUAGAAAUUCAAAAUUUAGUAGUUUAAAACCAAUUAGGAAUAUAUGCACACAGCACUUUAAACUGCUCUCACGGUUUUUUGAAGUUUACCAUCCAACAAGCUGAUUACCAUUCUCAUCAUUUACCAUUUCAUCCAUCAUCAUUCUCAAUCUAUCAUCAUCAUCAUCAUCAUCAGCAAAAUGUCAUCUUCAACAAAACCCAUCUCAACAAAACCAUACUUUAAUCAGAUUCAUAAAUCAAGACCAAAGAAAUCAUCACCAUUAACCACAGAAGUGAUCUUUAAUGAAACCGAACGAUUAUCAAACAAACACAUUCAUCUUAACAAGAUCAAUUCAAACUUUCAAAUCUUCCUGACUCUUCUCAUAGAUGGAAUCAUGUUUACCUUCUUAUGUUUUGAUUUAUUACCUCGUAUACUUAAUCUCAAUACGAUCUUAAAACUCAAUCAUCAAUCUCUAUCGAAUUGUUUACCAUUCUGUAGUCAACACUUAUCAAUCACAUCAAGCUUAAUUUAUUAUACUGAGAAAUUCACUCCUAACCUACAUCUCCAAAUCGCUCUGAUUGGAUUCCUACUCUCAUUCAAACUCAUCUACGCACUCAUCACUCUCACUUCAUCACCAACAUCAUCAUCGAUCACACCUUUAAAAUACUUACUUCGUACAACAGGUGCUUAUCUAACUCUAACAGCCAUUGCAGGAAUCCAUUCCCAAACCUCUCAAAUCACUCCAAGUCGAUACUCAAGCCUUGCAUCGAUCACCUCAGCUACGAUCCUCUUGGUGAUCCUAACCAUCAGCUUGAUCAUCCUUUUCUGUAGUCCGAUUCUUUGGUUGAUUCAUCAAAUCAUUGAAGAAGAAGAUCGAUCAUCGAUCAUCACUACCUCACUCAAACCUUCUCAUUCUAAUCCUAUUCCAAAUUUACCAAUGAGAUGGUACCCUAAUCAACCUGCUUCUGCUAUCUCUCCUCAUAAAAGAGCUUUGAUCGGUCCUGGGUUUUGA